AUGGCUGAUGAACGUGUUGAGACAGUCAAACUGGUUGAGACAGUCAAACUGGCUGAGACAACUGAAUCGGUCAAACUAACUGAACCAGCAAAACCAAUGACAAUCGAAUACACUCAAUCCAAGCAAGAUACUCACUCUGUUGCUGUUCCCAUUCUACCAAUUAAUCACAAACUGCCUUUGGAUGGACUAGGACCUGUGAUUGUGAAUACUGUAUGA